AUAUUUCCAUCACAUCAGAAAAUCUCCAACACCUCCACCCCAAAAGAAAAAAAGAAAACAAAAGGCAAAGAAAAGAAACCCCACAUCAAAAGGAAAUAAUGGGUUCUUCAAUGAAAUUAUCAUUGAUUCUCUUCUUUACUUGCUCUCUCUUCGUUCAGGGAACACUAGCGGACGUGAUUUGUGAGAAUUUACCUGCAAACUUGUGUUCUUUUGCAAUUGCAUCAUCUGGGAAGAGGUGUGUGUUGGAGUGCCAUAAAAAUACACAAGAAAAAAAGUGUAAGACAUCAGAGGUUGUGGUGGAGAAAUUAUCUGGAUACAUUGAGACAGAACAAUGCGUGAAAGCGUGCGGUGUUUGCCGUGAAUCCGUCGGAAUAUCCUCCGACGUCUUUCUCUCAUCAGAGUUUACUGCCCAUCUCUGUUCUCCUGCUUGCUACCAUAACUGCCCUAACAUUGUCGACCUCUUUUUCAAUCUUGCUGCCAGUGAAGGAGUAUCUUUGCCAACUCUUUGCAAGAAUCAAGAAGAGAAUCAUCGAGCCAUGUUGGCAAUUUUGAGUCAUGACGGCGUCACCCCUGGGCCGGUUGCUGCUCCUCUUGCUGCUCCUCUUGCUGCUCCUACAUCUUUGUAAUUUUUUUAAUCAAAUACUAUAAAUUCAAUUGUAAACUCAUUAAUUUUUAUGGAGAUACUAUUAUUAAACUUGUAGAAAAUAUAGUCUGAAUUAAAAUGA